GGUUUAACAGCAGUGGCGUCAUGUAGCCAUGUGAAGUUUGAUCCGGUAGUUAUGAUCUGCUUGCAGUUCAAACCUAAUAUUUUGUCCAGUCUUAUCAGUUAAGACCGUAACUGAAUGCCGCUAGCUUUUGCCCAGCGGCUUGUGUAUACUGUAACGCAGGGCAACGUUAAAAUCUGCAGCGGUUGAGUCAACCACUCAGCGAGCGCAGGCUAGUUUUGACCACGUUGUGCUGCUGCUGCUACAAGUUCGGGCUGGAUGUUUGCAGUGUCUUAUUGGUUGUAACGCAAAUGCCGCCAGUAGCGCACUCUGUUCGCUACCGAGCUUUAUUCCGCGACGACAUGAUGCGGUUGAAAGAUUGGACUUGUUUGCAACGCUAGUGCGCCGCUUUGUUUACAUAUCGGUGCCGUGAUCUUCUGCUCCUGUUUCACAGAAAUGGCAAAGGUUCAAACCUCGCAGGCGAAAGCGAAUAAAACCCCUGUGAAGAAAAAGGGCCACAAGAACCCCAAAUCCCCCGAGAAGUCCAAAAAUACCUACUGCAUUUUGUGUCGCAGGUGGCAUUUGAAACAUGAAGCACAGGAACACAUGCACAGUAUGCUGCAUCACCGAGAGCUGGAGACAGUGCUGGGCCAGGAUUCGUUUCAUGAAUGCCAGGCGUGCAGGGCGUCCUCCAUGGGUUUAUAUGAGUAUGCCCAGCACAUCUCUACCGCUCAACACAAAGCCAAGUUGAAGAGCUUGAUGUCUAAACAUGUAAAGCCCCUUUCUUUGCAUAAGACUCUGAGCAGAGAGACCAUCAGCCGAAUCCUGGAGAGAAACAAGACACUAAAGAAAGAGGAGAGGAAACAAAGGGGAAAGAAAAAAAAGAAACUGAAGCAGAUAGCUGGUCAGAUGCGUGCAGAAAUGCAACAGGGAGCCCUCCGAAAAAACAUAACGGCAUCCAGGGUACUGAAGCUGGAAAUUUCCAAAAAGGUGAACACAAGGACAUUGAAACAGUUGCAGGAAACCCACCAGAAAGGACGCAACAAUGCUGUUGUCAAAAACAAGGAGAACAAAGUGUUCAGUCUGCAAAGAGCUCCUCACCGGAGAGAAAUAACAAUGCAGAAUCAAAGUGGAAGAUUGGCUGGUUUGUCAGGAGAGCCUGAUGGUAGAACCUGGCAUCAGGCUUGUGUUCCAGACCAGUUCAACCAAUCAACUCAGCAGAUGAGGUGUGAUGGCAACUUUUCUGCCAACAAUCACUGCAGCAAAUUCAAAGUGGAUCACUCCCAAACACAAAGACUUGUUAAAAGACCACACAACACCCAAGAAGGUGCCGCCACUGACAUGCCAGAACAAAUGUCAUGGCCUGCCAUCCGCCAGUAUGACUAUUACAACAGGCAGUACAAUGGAGCCAUCAUCUUUGAUCAAGGCCAGAAGGAGUCUACUGGAUCUUCUCAGCCAGUGCAAGAAGGUUCAAAUUGUCCCUCUAAUCCUGCUUCAGCAAACGGCCCCGUCAGUGCGGCUCCCAUAUGGGAUAUCGACGUCAGUGCGAUGCUGAGGCAAAUCAGAAGAGCGCUGGGUGUGAGGGAGCCAUGUAGAGCAGAUCGGGAAGCCAGGAAGCAGAGCAGUGAGGCACGUGUCCGGGUGGCUGAUCGUAGCACCACACGACAGGCUGGAACCGAGAAAGAGCAGCCGUCAGGUGCUGUAAUUACGUCCGUGCAACCUCCGCAGGUCAGCACCCCUGCACCUGCAGCCCAUUCUGGUGUUUGUCCUUCCGCUAUUGCUCCUGUUCAGCCAAAACAGACAACUUUCAAAAUGACACAAGAAGCAGCUCAGCACUGUGAGAAGAGAUUAGCGGUUGCAGAGGGACUGUCAAACAGCUGGGAAAGAGAAUCUCAGGGGGCCCUCGGCAGCCGGACUUCACCCAGCCACUGUACGGGCAAGACCACGUCCACUGAGCCCCACCUGAACAGCGGCCACAGGGUUCGAAUUGCCCACGAACCAGGCAAAACUCAGGGGGGGAAGGAGGGGGGACUCAAACCAACCCUGAACAAGUUGCUCACUGUAUCAGGGGCCAGGGGUAAGAUGAGCUGGAGGGAGAUGUACAAUGAGAUGAAAAAGAAUAAGCAGGACAAGGUGCAAGGCAUGCCCAGGUUUGGGAUCGAGUUGGCGAAGCCUCCGACCAACCAAGACAGCUCAACACAACCACAGGACGGUGACCUGCCUCUGUCCGAGGGCUUCCACUGGGAGUCGAUCCCAGACAGUCCUUCGGGACCGCACUCGACCUUACCUCCUCCACCCCAGGACACGACGGAUAUUGACCCCAACAGGGAGGUGCAGUCAGAUGAUCAGCUGCAGGAGCCUGGUAGGGCACAGCUGGGUGGGAGCAGUCACACAGCACCGGCGACCUCUGUGAAAGCGGAACCAAACUUGGGGGGUGAGAGUGGAGGUUUGAGAGAGAGCAGUAGCGCCGACAAAAGGAGACACAACACGGAUGAUGGCAUUUCUGAAAAGGAGCCAAGUGGAAAAAAGAAGAGAACAAAAUCAAACAGGGGCCAGGAUCAGAUGGCCCGGCUGUUGGCGGUGUCUCUGAGGGAGGACGAGCUGAGCCACUCGCUGCAGGAUUUGGACAAGUCUCUGGUCCAGGCUCGCAACACCCUGCAAGCUGCCUACACCGAAGUCCAGAGACUACUGCUGCUGAGACAGCAGUUUACCGCUGAGGUCAACGGUCUUAGAGCCAAGCGGAUUGAGAUCCUGCAGGAGAUGCAAGAAGGGUACUCGGGAGCAUCUAAUGUAGCAGAGAAAGCCACCGCCUCAUCAGCAGGAGCCGCCGCCGCUGCCGUGCAACCAAGACACUCCCCCCUUCCUUCCUCUAGUGCGUUCACGACUCCCCCCAACCAGCAAACACCUGCCACAACCCCGGCGCCAUCUACCGCCCAACCUCACCCAACCGCGCUCGCUCUGUCAGCCAAGUCAGUAAAGCAAGAAAUCUGUCAUCCACCCACGGCUGGACGGGCCAGUCGGUUUGCCUCCUCAGACACCGACGCACCCUUUGCACCUUAUGCACCUCUGAACCAACCUGUGCCCCUGUUUCCCCCUGACCUGCUCCCCCCGCUGCUGCUCAGACCAACACACUUGGCCGCGCCGACAACUGCUGCUGCCGCCUCGACGUCGGCGAGCACGCGGCGGGAGCGACAGACGAGGGAGGGGUGUGUGAGGACAAGGAGGUUAGCAAAGGAAGAAGCACAGCCGGCUGAAAGUGAUUCUGAGGAAGAAGCGGGAGGAAAUCUUGGCAAAGAACAAGUUAAAGGAAGAGAGUCCACGGCAGAGGAGCCUGUCCCCGAAAGAGGUCAAAAUGCAUCUGCUGCAGCAGCAGACCACGUUGACGGGAACGAGAGCGAUGACUCUGUUAAAAUGAUGGAGCCCUCUAACCCGGUGGUUAUUGACAUUGACGAAUCAGACAGUGAGGACUCGCCCGGGACUGUCUCAAAUGUCCGUGUGGAGUUCAGUUCUGCAAGCACACAGACGUCUCAGCAAAAUGACGAUAUCAGAAAAUGUCAGCUUCCUUUGCCAGUCAGAGAUGCCAGCGCUCCUGCAGAGUCGGUUGAGGAUGAAGAGCCAUCCUCGGGAGUGUUUGUGAAUCACGCCGGCCCCGUCCACGGCCUGCAAGUCCACGAGGGCUCGUUGUACACAUGUUCAGGGGACAACACAGCACGAGCCUACAGUCUGACGAACAGGCAGUGCCAAGCAGUGUUCGAGGGUCACACGAACAAAGUCAACUGCCUGCUGGUGUCAUCCCUCCCGAACAUGCCGGCACGCCUCUACACCGGAUCAAGUGACCAGACCAUCCGCUGUUACAGCAUAAAGUCAAAGAAGUGUCUGGAGCAGAUCUCUUUACCAGACAGAGUGCUGUGCUUGCACAUAGCCUGGAAUACUUUGUAUGCCGGGCUCGCCAACGGAUCAGUUGCUAGCUACGAUUUAAAGACUCUGAGGCAGCUGGAUGUUUUUGAGUGCCACGGCCCACGAGGGGCGAGCUGUCUGGGUACGGCGCAGGAGGGCGCCCGCCGGGUGCUGCUGGUCGGCUCCUACGACAGCACCAUCAGCGUGCGGGACGCCAAGAGCGGCCUGCUGCUGCGCUCACUGGAGGGUCACACCAAAACUGUACUCUGUAUGAAGGUGGUGAACGACCUGGUCUUCAGCGGCUCCAGUGACACAUCUGUUCAUGCCCACAACAUCCAUACGGGCGAGUUGGUUCGUAUCUACAAGGGCCACGGUCAUGCCGUCACAUCCAUUGUCAUCCUGGGGAAAGUGAUGGUGACAGCCUGUCUGGACAAGCUGGUUCGAGUUUAUGAGCUACAGUCCCAUGACCGCCUGCAGGUGUACGGGGGCCACAGUGAUAUGGUGAUGUGCAUGGCCGUCCAUAGGAGUGUGAUCUACACAGGCUGUUAUGAUGGCAGCGUUCAAGCAGUGAAGCUCAACUUGAUGAAGAACUACUGCUGCUGGUGGCAGAACUGCUCUCUAAUUUUCGGCAUGGCGGAGCAUCUUGUGCAGCACCUUGUUAGAGAUCACACCAGCCCGAAUCACCACACGGUCAAAUGUCGCUGGAGAGGCUGCCACACUUUUUUCGCCACACAGCAGUCAGUACGGCAGGAGCUGCCCGAACACAUGCGGAGCCACGUGGACAAAGACCAUAAAGUGCAGCCUUGACUGGAGCGGAGCAUUCCAGCCUCUGAUCGCAUCUCCUCUGGUCUUGGACAUACUGUGCGACCUCCGUUUUUCUCUGAACAGUGACGGCGAGACAAGAGAGGCCACUCGUUGUUGACCCCCCCGAAGCUGUUGUAUGAAUGGACUGAGACGUUCAGUGUCAAACUGCAAAAAAGAGACACGUAGUGUCCCACUUUUGUUUAACACCAUUCUGUGCCUCGGUCGGUAAGAGAUGAUGUUAACAGUCAACCAGUCAGUUGCUUUGUUAUCAGUAAUGAUGAGAAAAAUAAUUCAUGACUUUGAGAUCGCUUGAUCGACGUUUUUUUGGGUGUUGUUGUUGUUGUUGUCACUGUGAAUAAAUGACCUGGGGCUUUAGACACCAUGAAAUAUAAAGUAUUACACAAUAUGGCUCUUCAGAAAUGUCAUAUGUGAAGCUCAUCAGUCAGAGCAUUUCUACAACUAUGCAGCGCUGGUAUAAAUUUUGUGAAGCAGCUUAUACUGUAAAUUGCCUUUUUAAAAUCCAGCUUGUUGGUUAGAUUUUUAUUGAUGAUUGUAAAAGCAAAAGAGAGGGGAAAAAAAUACAUAGAUUGCAUCUCAGCCCUUAGUCUGUGAUACCAUCCAUCAGCUCACUUGAGAACCGUUGUUAAGAAAACAAAACCUCCCAACUCUUUGAAACGUCCUAUUUAAAAACUAUCAUAGAUCAUUUUUGCUGAUUUUUGGGAAGGGUCAGGGCUUUCCCUUCAUGAAACCAGUGGUCUUUGAGGAUUUUCAAGUCCCUUACUGUAAAGUUUUUGAACAUUUAACUACUGAGAUUGUCCUCUCUUCAGUGUGAAAGGGACGAUUUUGUGGAAAUUAAAAAGGGGGAGAAACAGGCUUAAUUUGCUGGUAUACCUAUUUAACUAUAGAAGGUGCUGUUCAGGACAUAAAUCCAGAGUUUAAAAUCCAUAGGCUAAUAUUUAGCAACCUGUACUUUCUGUAUAAAUAAUACAUUUUUUUUUUACCUCCAUUCACCUGCUUUCCAGUCAGAUUUCUUUUUUUUUUGGAUCAGUCUGUUAUUCCAGAUUUCAGGUUUUUCAUCAAACACCAACGCGACCUGUUAUUUUUCCCAAACUUCACAGCUUUGCGAUACUGUAUCCUUCAUUUUCUUCCUGACUCGGACUGUCGUCUUUUGUCACACUUGCACAUGUGAGAACUUUGAAUUUAAUUCCUCAUGUGGCGAAAAAGAGGUUUGGUUAUUACAUAUAACAUCAUUAAAUAUGAAAAUCCUCUAUUAAAUUACAUCUUGACAUUUCAGAGAGAAUUAUUCUAGGGAAAGUUCCUGUCCCCUAGGUCACUUUGUACCACACUCAUUAGAAAACUCAUGUCUUUCUGGGCUAUGUAAGAAAACAGAGAAAGUUGUCAGAACAAACUGUCCAGAGACUAACUUGUAUGAUGCUGUAUUAAAUUUUCUCUUUCCGUUAUACUUUACAGUAUGUAUUUCAUUUGUAAUUGAUACCUACUGGAUGUGCACACCAAUAAAAAGACAAAUAUCA